AAGCAACGCUCUCUCCUUGACGCACAUGGGGCAAUGGAGCUUGUUUCCCCCAUCGAUGGCGAGGCCGUUGUUGUGCUCUCCCCUCGUGCGGCAAAGCCGGCGCUGCCACCAGCCCGCAAAGGCUGCGAUCCAGAUGUCAUCGGCCGACUAGUGUCUCUCUACCAGGGCGGCUUGGAGCCUGCCCAUCCGCGGCUACCAAGGUCGCCAAGAAGCGCUUCAGGCUCGCCGAAGAGACCGCGUCCCAAGGUGCGCUUGCCGCCCUUGGCAAUUCCGAUGUCGCCGGACCAAAGGCAAGGGACCUGGGAUUCGAGUGGGGCUGAAGCCCAGGACACCUGCCUACUUUGGACGCAGUGCUUCGUGCCCGACAAGCAGGUCUUUCGCUCUGAUGUCGUGACGGUGUACUUCGAGCAGGAACGCGCCAGCCGAGAGUGGGCGCACUACCGAAAGGAGAAACGCGACCAGUGCAGUGAUACUUGCCGACGAAUGGCUCACCGCUGGCAGAAGCAGCAGCGGCGCAAAGCAUCGCCAGGAGCAGGCAUGCCGGCCGCCUCAGCGGCCACACACGAGAGUAAGGCAACGCUGCUGUCGGUGGAGAUUCCUCCAUCUCCACAGGCUCCUUCAGACAUCUCCUCCGUGGAAGAUCUGGCGAAGUCUCCGAGCUGGAAGCCGGCUCCUACACCGACGCCACGGGUGCUGCGCUUCCAGGCGCUCUGUGCAGCCAAGAGGCGACAAGGACGUCUCAACCUGAACCCUAGCAGCGUCGCGCAGCUCCAAGAGGAGUACCUAAAGCAGCAGCAGCUGCGCCGGGAAUCAGUGGCGGAGGAUAGUG